GAGCCUGAGCCUGAGCCUGAGCCUGAGCCUGAGCCUGAGCCUGAGCCUGAGCCUGAGCCUGAGCCUGAGCCUGAGCCUGAGCCUGAGCCUGAGCCUGAGCCUGAGCCUGAGCCUGAGCCUGAGCCUGAGCCUGAGCCUGAGCCUGAGCCUGAGCCUGAGCCUGAGCCUGAGCCUGAGCCUGAGCCUGAGCCUGAGCCUGAGCCUGAGCCUGAGCCUGAGCCUGAGCCUGAGCCUGAGCCUGAGCCUGAGCCUGAGCCUGAGCCUGAGCCUGAGCCUGAGCCUGAGCCUGAGCCUGAGCCUGAGCCUGAGCCUGAGCCUGAGCCUGAGCCUGAGCCUGAGCCUGAGCCUGAGCCUGAGCCUGAGCCUGAGCCUGAGCCUGAGCCUGAGCCUGAGCCUGAGCCUGAGCCUGAGCCUGAGCCUGAGCCUGAGCCUGAGCCUGAGCCUGAGCCUGAGCCUGAGCCUGAGCCUGAGCCUGAGCCUGAGCCUGAGCCUGAGCCUGAGCCUGAGCCUGAGCCUGAGCCUGAGCCUGAGCCUGAGCCUGAGCCUGAGCCUGAGCCUGAGCCUGAGCCUGAGCCUGAGCCUGAGCCUGAGCCUGAGCCUGAGCCUGAGCCUGAGCCUGAGCCUGAGCCUGAGCCUGAGCCUGAGCCUGAGCCUGAGCCUGAGCCUGAGCCUGAGCCUGAGCCUGAGCCUGAGCCUGAGCCUGAGCCUGAGCCUGAGCCUGAGCCUGAGCCUGAGCCUGAGCCUGAGCCUGAGCCUGAGCCUGAGCCUGAGCCUGAGCCUGAGCCUGAGCCUGAGCCUGAGCCUGAGCCUGAGCCUGAGCCUGAGCCUGAGCCUGAGCCUGAGCCUGAGCCUGAGCCUGAGCCUGAGCCUGAGCCUGAGCCUGAGCCUGAGCCUGAGCCUGAGCCUGAGCCUGAGCCUGAGCCUGAGCCUGAGCCUGAGCCUGAGCCUGAGCCUGAGCCUGAGCCUGAGCCUGAGCCUGAGCCUGAGCCUGAGCCUGAGCCUGAGCCUGAGCCUGAGCCUGAGCCUGAGCCUGAGCCUGAGCCUGAGCCUGAGCCUGAGCCUGAGCCUGAGCCUGAGCCUGAGCCUGAGCCUGAGCCUGAGCCUGAGCCUGAGCCUGAGCCUGAGCCUGAGCCU